ACUGGUUACAAUUGAAUUAUUCCAGAGGGCUUUGGAUUGCAUUGUGACAUCAACAGAGUUCUGUACUAUGAUUUUAAUUUCUAACAUUAAUUUAUAGUGAAUGUUUUAUUCACUAUACGUCUUUUAACAUUAACAAGGUUGAUGGUAUCAAAAGCUGCUGAGAGGUCAAGUAGAGCAAGGAUGGAUGCGCUACCCCCAUCCCCACGUUGCUCAAGCUCUUGACUCCCAAGUCCUCCCACUUGCGGACGUUUUCCGCUUUGCGCCUUUUUCCUCCCCAGGUUCAGCCUCCGGUUUCUGCAGAAGAAGCGCAAUGGCGAAGAACGUACGCUGCCGCCUCGAGGAAGCCCUGGAGGGCUUGAUGCAGGCUGAGCUCCGAAUGUUCAAGGCGAAGCUCCACCAAUUCCCGGUGAAAUCCGGCUACGAUAAUAUCCCCAAAGGGCGGCUGGAGAAGGCGGACGCGUUGGAUCUGAGCGAGCUCCUGGUCGGUUACUACGGCGAGGAUUACGCCCUGGAGGUGACGGCCGCGGUGCUGUCCGAGAGCAACUGCAAGCCCCAGGCGAAGAGGCUUCUCAGCGCCACCGGGAAAGGUGCUUGCAGUUUGGUUAAGAAACCCAUGCCCCCUUUCAGCACCCACUCAGGAAAAGCUGAAAGAAAGAGCAGCAGCAAACAGGACCUGAUUCCCGACCCUUUUGCAAAGGGGAAAUGCUUGUGCGUCAAAGUAAAGGAUUGCUCCGAAAUACAACCAACUCUUGUGCAAGAUGCUAAGAGGACUCUGAAGACAUACAGAAUCCACAUCCCUGAGGCAGGCACCUUUCUGUGCUCUGUCACUGAUCUCAAAUUUGAGGUGAGAGCAGCGGUGACCAUUGAAUACACAUACAGCUCCUGGGACCAACACCUCUCUGAAUUUGUGAAGCAGGGCUGGGUAGUGGCCGGUCCAGUGUUUGACAUCCGUGCUGAUCCAGCAGAAGUUGCAGCUGUUCACCUCCCUCAUUUUAUAUGCCUCCAAGGUGGCAAUAUUGAUACCCCUCAGAUGGAAAUAGCCCAUAUUGUUGAUGCGGGAAUAAUGCUGGAGAAGCCAUCUCAAAUCAGCCCGUUUCAUGUGGUGUGGAAGAAUCCUACUUUCUCUUCGGUGGCUGUGCUGAUUAAUCCUAUCUACAGUAAGUUUUUCGCCAUCCAUUCUGUGGUGCAGCUUUACAAGAUACGCAAGAAGACCACAACUCUCCAUCUCUACCUCAUUCCCAAUGAUGGGUCUUUGAUAGAGGCCGUCAGAGAGGAGGAAGAGAAAUACAAUUCAAUACUCGUGCGGAAACACCCACAAACAGAUGAACCACUAUAUUUUGGCUCUCGCUAUUAUGUACCCAACUCAGCAGAAGUCAAAGUGAAUCCAAAGGAACUGGAGUUUUCCUAUAAGAGCCCAGGACAGCUGCAAUCUUUUAUGGAAAUUUACUUAAGAAAUUGCGGGAGAAUAAAUCUCAUCUUGAAAAAUAAAGACAACUCUGUUUGGGAUGCUUGGUUGGAACAAGAGGACUUGCAGGCUCAGGAUGCAGAGGAUGCAGCCAGAGAACAAAGAAUUCAGCAGGUAUCUUCUGCUUCUGGCAUGCAACAUCCAGAAAAAGGUACUGUGAUUAGUGUCUUCCCGCUGUGUACAAAUCUGCCACACUAUGAAAACUGGGGAUCCUCCACUGUUUUAUCUUCUUGCGCAUCAUCCUCAAUGAGCUUGGCUGCUGUUGCCUGACAGAUCUGGGCAGAUGGGCACUAGGCUUGGAAGGCUGCAUUAGAUAUAUACGCUCCAUAUAAGACAAUAUUAGGAUCACAGCAUGGUAGUGUUAACCUCCAUCCUCCUGCACCAUCAUUUCAAAACUGCCCAUGAAAAGCUGCUAUUUAUCACCCAAAGCACAAAGCGGAGUCGACGAUUGUGGCUAAGAACAAAG